CACCAAAACCUUUCCGAAAAAGCUAACCACACCUCAAAGAGAGAGAGAGAGAGAGAGAGAGAGAGAGAGAGGGUCAAUGUGGAUAAAAUCAUGAGCUUUUACGAGGUUGUUGGCUUUUUCUCCUUGUUCUGCUUUUGGCAUGGCUUGUCUCUGCAGCCACGGCUUUUUUAUCUGCUUGUGAGGCUGAGAGCUUCUCUCCUCGCUUUUCCUCCUCCUGCACCUGCGCCACCGCCUCCUCCUCCUUCUUCUUCUUCUUCUUCUUGGGUUCUUCCUCUCCCUCUUCCUCUUCCUCAUCUUCAUCUCCCUCCUCCUCUUCCUUUGUCUCCUUCUCCGCUACCACCACUUUCCGAGGCCGACCUCGCUUUCUCGCGGCCGGCGGAGCCGUCGGCUUCUCCGAUGUUUCUCCUGUUGAUAGAGUUGAUCCCAUCUUGUGUUUCUUCCUCCCCAUCCCCCUCACUCGGCUCGACCAAACGUAUCAACAAUAUAGAGCGGCAGAAUACGAAAUACUAGUACGCUUUGUACACGCGUACGUCCGAAGCAUCACGGCCGUGACUCGUGGUGAACACGAGGACUCACGUGUGGGGCCCACGUGUUCGCCACACAUCCGGGAUAUAUAACCGUUACACCGAAGAGCAUCACGUGCAUGUUCAACACCUGGCGCUCUCACUGCCGGUCAGAUUUAUUCAGUCCACGCCCCUACCCAACCCGAAAACAACCGGACCCGGAAAUUCUUACGUAGACCAGGUUUAUGAUGGACCGAUUCCCUAAAACAAAAAAUGGGGGAUUUUUUUUUUUCUUUCCUUAGAACGUUGGCAAUAGCUAUUAGUCAUUAUAUUAAGCAUUCAAUUAAAUUUUCUGUAAAAAUAAAAAAAAUACUAUGGGUAUAUUUAUAUAUGGGUACAAAUCUAAUACAUCACACAUUUUAAAAAUCACAAACACCUUUUAAGUAUUUAGUAUUGAAAAGAAAAUAUUGAUAAAUAUAUAUAAAAAAAGAUAAAUAAAGUAUAAAAUUUAUACUUAAUAAAUAGGUGUAUGGAUAAUAUUGUACUAUAUAAAAGUUGUUUGCUGAUACAUCCAAAGCAUAUGACCGGUUCUUUGAUGACGUGGCGAACGAUGUCCACCUAAUAACCUCCGGU